UUAUUCUAUCCAGAUUUUAUAAAUUUUUAUUAGUUACACACAAAUGAUUAAUUGUCGCAACAGAACAUAAAUCAAUGUUUUUUUCUAAUUGAAUCGAUUAAUGGUUGCAGCCCUACUAUGUUUAGUUUCAUUUUGAGGGGUUGGUAGUGGGAUUAUGGACAGAGCAGUUCAUUGAUACAUUCAUUAAUCUUUACACAUGUAUUACCUAAAUAUUUCUGUCUUUGGCAGUACAUGUGUACAUUGUUACAAUGUAUGUGUUAUUGCCAAUGAAUGUAAUACCUUUGUUAUUACCAAUGAAUGUUAUAGUAACAAAAGCAUAUGUCCCUGCUCAGACGUCUCAUUGUGUUGUUCCUGCAGGCCAACCCUCUCUUUUCCUCCCACCGCCCACUCAGUGUGACUCAUCGAAAAAGCUUUUAAGUUUCGUUUUCCACUUACCAGCCUAACAGCUGAUAGCUACGUGUGCCGGAAGACAAUCCACUCACACAUGCUCGCUCUCGUCUUCCUGUGCAGGAUGUCGGACUGUAGACUGUACGCGUACCAGGAGGAGGUGGUCCAGAGGGCUCUGCGAGGAGAAAACACGAUCAUCUGGCUACCCACGGGAGCUGGGAAGACGCGUGCCGCCGUCUACGUGGCCGAGAAGCACCUGGAAACGAGGCCGCAGGGGAAAGUGGUGGUCCUGGUAAACAUGAUCCACCUGGUGGACCAACACUACAGCAAAGAGUUCGCUCCCGCCCUGGCGUCGUCCUACAAGGUGGUGGCGGUGAGCGGCGUAAGCAUCGAGAAAGAUUUCUUCGGCAAGGUGCUGCGCGACUCUGAUGUGGUGAUUUGCACGGGGCAGCUCUUACACAACGCUCUGGUCAGCACGGAGGAGGAGAAGCGCGUGGAGCUGUCAGAGAUCUCCCUGUUGAUUGUGGACGAGUGCCACCACACCCAGAAGAAGAUGGUCUACAACCAGAUCAUGAUGGACUACAUGCAGAAGAAGAUGCUCGGUGAAGAAACGCUGCCUCAGAUUCUUGGACUCACGGCGUCUCCAGGCGUGGCCGGGGAAAAGAGUCUGGACAAAGCUGUGCUGCAUGUACUCAAGCUGUGCGCCAACUUGGACUCUGUCAUCGUUUCAGCCGAGAAGUCCACUUGCGAACUUGACAUGAAAGUACCAAGACCCUUAAGGACCUUUGACAUUGUGGAAAAAAGACCCGAGGAUCCCUUUGGAGAUCACCUGAAGGGGAUCAUGCAGCAGAUCCACGUCUUCAUGGAUCCGCUCGGGGAUAUCCUGCUGAGAGAAAUGGGCACGCAAGAAUACGAAUUAGACGUGGUCCAGCUGGAAAAAGAAGGAGUGAAGGAUUACAACCGCGUGCUGCAGCAAUGCGCCGUCCACUUGCGUAAAUACAACGACGCCCUGCUCAUCAACGACACGCUGCGCAUGAGAGACGCUCUGAUGUUCUUGAUGGAGUUCUACUACACCAAGAUGACCGCCAUCAUCGAUGACACCGACAGAUUCCUGGUGGAACUCUUCGAAGAAAACCAAGGCGAGCUGCAGACGCUGGCGAAGGACCUGCGCUACGAAAACCCCAAGAUGGCCAAGCUGGAGGAAACCCUGCUGAGGCUUUUUAGUCCAAGCGUGGAGUCCAGAGCGAUCCUCUUCAGCAAGACGCGCAGAAGCACUAGGUGCUUGAACGACUGGGUGCUCGACAGUGAGAGCCUGCAGAAAGCUGGCGUCAAGCCCGCCUUCGUGACUGGCACCGCCUCUAUGACACAGUCUGAUCAGCAGUACAUCAUCAAGAAGUUCCGCCAGGGCGAGGUCAACCUCCUCAUUGCGACCAGCGUGGCCGAGGAGGGCCUGGACAUCCCGGAAUGCAACCUGGUGGUGCGCUACGGCCUGCUGACCAAUGAGAUCGCGCAGCAGCAGGCGACCGGGCGCGCUCGGGCCAAAGACAGCCAGUACUCCCUGGUAGCCCAGCGAGACGGGCCGGAAGUACGCCGCGAGCACCUCAACAUCUACCUGGAGGAGCUGACCACCAAGGCCAUCGCUGAAGUCCAACAGAUGGACCCCCAGCAGUUUAGGGCCAAGUUAGCCGAGCUUCAGAGCGAGGCGGUUUUUUGCAGCCGCACUGCACAAAGUAAGAGGAAGAACGGUCUCCACCCCGCCUCCAGCGUCCAGCUCUUGUGUCUGAACUGUUUGGCACCAGUAGCGCGCGGCAGCGACAUUCAACUAGUGGAGGAUAAACAUUACGUCAACGUCAACCCUGACUUCAAGGAGAAGUACAACAUCGGCCAACAGCUGGUUCUGGAUCGGACUUUCGAAGACUGGGAGUUCGGCGGCAUGAUUACGUGUAACAACGGCAGCUGCAGAAAGGCGUGGGGUCACGAGGUCCUAUACAAGAAGGUGGCCCUGCUGCCCAACGUGGCCGUCAAGCACUUCGCCCUGGAGACGCCCGACGGCAGGACCACGGUGAAAAAGUGGAAGGACAUUCCUUUCGCCGUGGACGACUUCAGCUUUACCGAGUACUGCCAGAUUCACCACCCGGGCCUUGUCGACUGAGGCCAGCUUGCUUGCGCCACACGGUACCUUUCACACACGCGAGCAGGCAGGCGUUUGAAUCCCGCUUGAAACGAGCGUGGCGGCUUUCUUUAUGCCCAUUUUUAUGUCACUUAAGUCACACAACACAAAGUGGAACAUUUUGUGAACUGUAAUAAUGACGUGUAUUUUAUGUAAUUAAGUAUUUAUAGACAAACUAACUAUUUAUAGACAAACUAACUGCUUCUUAUCAAUUCAAAUUUUAUUGGCUUGUCCAUUCUGCAAAAUAAAGGGGUCUACAUAACAUGUGAUGCUAAUGGUAGUUUUUUAGCACUUCCAUAGCGAGUCUGCUGACAGAUAUGUAUAGGAUAUGAGGAUACAUGUGCAUGUACGAGCCAGUCUGCACCACAACAAGAGAAAAAUAAGGAGCUUAUUGACUAUAAUAAGUACUUUGGGUAAAUAUCUACCAUAUGUGAAUAACCCGCUAAUGUCACAAAUUCUGCAAAUUCCAAACGGCUCGUUAAGAGGAAGUGUGUUUUAUAAAUACCUCCGCCAUGGUUUGAUUUAACAUUUUUGGGACUUAAGCAGCACCAAAUACACAAAAACAGGUAGCAACAGGUAAGAAAAGUUGGUUUUGCAUAAUAGGUAUCAGAGUCAAGUCUGAAAAGGAGAAGCCAUCCGGUUGGUUAAAGUGAAUUCUACAUUGUAAAUCGUGCCUCUCACCUGGAUAGUAGAAGGACGCGGAUGUAUUCCGACAAGCUGGUACACUUUGACAUCCAACUUGGACCCGGAGAUGGCGAGAAAGACCAGGAAAAACGCUUGUUUGCACCCACCUUUUUGUUUAACCCUUUGUGAGGAACGAUUCAUUCUUCAUCAAAAUGGGAAGAUACAAACAUCCCAGUGUCAGCAGACAUUGUUCAGUAAGUGAUUUUUUUUUAAUGUUCGUUAUCUCUCAUGAAGGAAAUGAAUGAAAUGAAACGUGAUUCAACUGUGAAAUGAAUGCACCGCAGUAUGCUUAAAAUGAGCAAAAUAUGUGAAUAUUAUUAUAUAUUCAUGAUACUACAUUACUUAUAUACCGUAUUUUUUGGACUAUAAGUUGCAGUUUUUUUUCAUAGUUUGGCCGGUGCAACUUAUACUCAGGAGCGACUAAUGUGUGAAAUUAUUAACACAUUACCGUAAAAUAUCAAAUAUUAUUAUUUGGCUCAUUCACGUAAGAGACUAGACGUAUAAGAUUUAUUGGGAUUUAGCGAUUAGGAAUGACAGAUUGUUUGGUAAACGUAUAGCAUGUUCUAUAUGUUAUAGUUAUUUGAAUGACUCUUACCAUAAUAUGAUACGUUAACAUACCAGGCACGUUCUCAGUUGGUUAUUUAUGCGUCAUAUAACGUACACUUAUUCAGCCUGUUGUUCCCUAUUCUUUAUUUAUUUUAAAUUGCCUUUCAAAUGUCUAUUCUUGGUGUUGGGUUUUAUCAAAUACAUUUCCCCAAAAAAUGCGACUUAUACUCCAGUGCGACUUAUAUAUGUUUUUUUCCUUCUUUAUUAUGCAUUUUCGGCCAGUGCGACUUAUACUCCGAAAAAUACGGUACUUACAGUGGGUAUAUAAAACCUUGGAGGGGGUUUGGAUGUUUUUU